UCUGGCAAACGUUGUACAAAAUUUCUAACAAUGCGUUGGAGUAUGGCUAUUCAUACUUCUCGACAGUUUCCACUUUCACUUGCUAUUGCGCAUUCCUUCCGCGUUCGUUUGUUUACCUAGUCCCUGCUACUCAUACGCCGCAUUCAACGCCGCGCUUUCUGUUGCGUCGCUCCCACCUCUCCCCACCUGCAUCCCUUUUGGAUAAUCGACAUCGACCUUUCCUGCUGGUUGCAGUCGACAACCGCUACCCGACAUCAUGUGUGUUUAUCAUUACUCUUAUGUCUCGACCUGUUGCCACGCCGAGUUCACCAGAAUAUCCUACUGUAACAACGCGAUAGCACUCGGUCUGCCCAGAAAUCAUUCGCCAGACGACCAGAGUGCAGACAAUAACCUCAACGAUAAACCCGACGCUCAGUCUGGCUCAUCUGCUCAUCCACCUGCAUCAUCCGCCAACAACGGUAGCUCAUCGCAUUCGCAGUUACCAUCGCAUACUCAGCAACAGCACCAAUCACAGUACAACGAUAACAUGUCAAUUAUCAAGCCGUCUGAAGCCGGGCACGCAUCAACUUGGGACGUCGUCGUGCAAGAGCGAGAUGUACAAUUCCAUCAUCAGGCUGCUUUCAUUCCACGCUCUGCCCUUAUUGACGGCCCUCGGCAACAACAAAACAGUCUUAGCGACGCUAGCCCAGUACUGGACAGGCAGAGCUACAGCAACGUCGACAUUGAUAUGCCCUUGAAUACACAGUCUUCAUUGCAUAUGAAGGUUACUCACGACGGAUCUCACGACGAGUCUGUCGAUUCGACUACUGAUCUUGAUACGAUCGCUAUGCAUCAUCAAGAACAAGCGGACUAUCGGUACGCCGCGCAUACAGUUGGUGCAGCGGGUCACAGUCCUCGCAAGUCCAUACCUACCCAGUGGUUGGUGAAGAGCACUGGUCCCAAUCUCGCAACCGCUCAGCGGGCAAAGGCACGAACUUCGAAAGAUAGCUGGGACAGUGAUUCUCCAGACAAGGUCAAGACACUAAGGGAAACACGUAGUUCAACCGAUCUGAGAAGAACACAUAGCAAAGAAGGUGCACUAUACCUCACAAAAGAGGCCCUAGCUGCUGUCGAUAGCACCAUAGCAUCACCCACCUCUCCGCUCAGCCCUAGCAGACUACACGGCUCUCCAACAAAGCGACCAUGGAACAGUCCUACUGGACCCUUACGUAGCAGCGUGCGUCAGCAAAAUCUCUCCUUCAGGACAUCGCCUAGCAAGUCGACACAUCUCAGCACCGAGUCGAUAUCAGCAGCGCACUCACGAACACCUAGUAGUGUUGCUACUUCUACUGGCCGGAUGUCGUUUCAUACCGCAGAAGGAUCGCCAGUAAGGAGUUCUGCAAGCACGGAACAUAGCUUUCAGUCUGCUGCAGAGAACCCCGAAGACCUUGAUGUUCCUGAUUUUGACCUCAAGGCUAACAUUGAUGAUGAACAGAUGCAUCAUGACUCCAACAGUUCGCGUUCGACGACAGCGAAAGGGAACACAGAAGGCAAGCGGAGUUCAUUGACACCAAAGCUUGCGCUCAAAAUUCCUCCAACUGUUUCAUGCCAUGAUCUUCAUAGAGAUUCUUCAUCGGCACCAACAGUAGCGCCGAGCGGCUCGUAUAUGUUGAGAAGUCCGCAAAGUCCGGUAUCUCCUACACAAAUGUCUCGCAUCCCACGUGUUGGCGCUACCAGCAAGAUUGCGGUUCCCCUUCGGAACUCAACCGUCCAGCGAGUUGAGUCGGUGAAGUCUUUGCAAUGCAAGCUCAAAACGCUGCAAGCUAUGCAGUCAGACGCGUCAAAAGUGCCUCUACCCGAAACGCCAAAGCCUUUACCAGCAUCUCUGCGUCACGUACGCACCGUCGACAGUACUGGCUCAACUCCGAUUAUCUCCCGGACAUCUGAAUUACAUGGUGAUGAUCAAACACUGGACACUGUUUUUAAGGCCGAGCAGAAACAGCUAGCUCACGUUGACAGUCCCAUGUCUGCUCCGAAUAUCGAGGUUUCAGGCCUACCAAAGAAUAUCUCACAAUGCGGCGCAAGCUUUGUCCACGUCAACAACUGUACGGUCGACCAUGAGGCUUCAUACAAGACUGUGAAGCCAGAGAACAUGUCAUGGGAUGCCCCACCAGCUUUUACUCAUGGUACGACGCUUACAUGUUCUACAAGCAUACCCGCAAUCGUCGUCAUGAUGGCUCACAAUUUGGAUGCAGAAAACACAAACAUCGAAGUCAAACAAGAAGAGCCUGUCUCUGCCUCCACGGACGAUAUCGAUGACGCUGUUGGUAACGUGACUUCCGUUCGAGGAAGAGGUGAGUGGUAUGUUUCUGAUGAGGGUAAACAAAGAGAUAGCGGUUGUUCAACUCAAUCUAGUGUGGGCUCUCUUCGAGCAACUGCUGCGGAAUUCGUACCUCAGGCUUCGUCCAUAGCUGGCCCGAUCGAAGCUACCACGAGAACCGUACCUCCGGUCUCGUCUCAUGACAUCGUUGGUCUGCCAGAUGCAACGGUACUCGAUAGAAACGGCAUACCGUUCCUGUGGUAUAUGUACGGUGUACAAUUUGCUUACGAGCAGGGCUAUCGUAAUGGUCGUCCAAAAUCGCCCAAGAAGUUCAAGCAAUCCAGAAAACAGCGCACGUCUCUGUCUUCUCCGGUCGAUUCUCCUCAUCCUUCUUCAAAGGCGAUUCCCAUCAUGACCCCCAGGCCAGCGACUCCUCGCUCUGCUGCAGCGAAUCAGCGCUCAAAUUCCGCGGAGCUAAUGCCUCCACCACCUUUGCCUACGACUCGGCGUCGUGAAGAGACCCGCCAAGAGAAUUGUCAUCCUGCUUCCAACCGAGAGGUCUCAAUCCCGCACAAUGCCAACGCUGGAGCAAAUCGACCUUUUGAGAAUCAGCUCAAUAUGAUAUCUAAACAGGCUGCCCUCAACAGUCACUCGAACAGCAACGCUCCACGCCACUUCAACGUCGAUCUCACCACUGUGCGCAACGUUGGCUUCCCGUCCGGACCUCGCAACAUGUACCCUCCCAGCUACUACACGGUUCCUCGCCACGGCCACCGGAACAAUCGUGGCAAUGGUUUGUAUGGUGGUCGCGGCAGCGCCGGUGUUCCCAUUGACGCUACGGCACCGUUCCCGAACCCUGUCCCGCCGCAAGGCCGACCAGACCAAGGUCAAACCUACGGCGCUCACCCAUUUGAUUACUCUGGAUACACGAUUGGGAACGAAUCCUGUGGUUUGGUCAACAUCACCGUCGCGACCGAGCGGGGCGGUGGCGAGCCAUGUAAUGCAUGCGCUCCCGACCAUUGACCUAGUAGCGAUGUCUUCGAAGAAAGCUUGAAUAAGAGGACCGUAAGAACAGAGCAU